AUGAGCAUACAAGAUCACAGGCCAAAUGAAAUAAGGAAUGAGAUAUUCAGGAAAAGCCUAGCCAGGCUUUCUUCCCCACUAGAAAAGAAGCCUUUCCGGAAGGGCUCUGUUAGGUACAACUUCAGGGAUAGACCUUGGGGUGUGAAAUCGCAACAAGAUCUCCGAAGAUUCAGUAGAGAAAGCAGUAGCUCAAGAUCCUCUGGUGGUUUUGGCAAGAACAAAGAGAGACUGGAAAGUUUACUUAAUGUUAAAUAAGGUCCAGGCAAGACCAUUCUCUAUUGAGAGCUAUUUCAGACAAGCUAGAUCAACAACACGGAAUUUUGGAGCUAUGACGAGUCAAACCAAGGCUUGGACCACCAUCCCUCAAAAGGUAUUCCAAAACCAAGGAUAUUUACCCAGAAAUGCCCAGUCGCCUCGGUACUCCAAAGCUGGCUUCAUAUCACGAUUUGGGAAUGUGAAGAAUGCAUUUACUGUACAAAAUAAGUCUCCCAGAUCCAGACAAAAGGAGAACUUCGGAGAUGGACUUAGGAAGAAAAAGAAAAUGUAUAAGCAGAUUUUAUCGAAAAGAACAGACAAAGUAUGUAGAACCUCCAGGAAGUAUAUAAAGAGCGUUCAAAAGAGAAAACCACCAAAACAAAUAAAACUAAAACAAACUACUAAACCUCUUAACCGACAAGUAUUGACUACAAACCUAUAAACCCAACACAAAACCACGAAUCCAAAUUCGAAAAAAUAAUGCAACAAAUGAUAAAUAAGACCCCAAAACUAAACUCCCUCCUCAAGGACGACCCUUCCCUAACCCUCAAAUCCACCCCCUCCCUCGAUCACCCCACUCACCUCCCAAAGAUGCUCUCCCAGUUAAAAACCCACAAAUUCACCCCUAAAUCGCCUAUUUCUCCCUCCAAAAUUCCAAAAUCCAAAAUUUCCCCGUACAAAAAAUCCUUAAUAGACUCCAAGCUUGACUACUACAAGUCUAAAUUUUUUGAAAUUCUGGAAGCACAGGAAAUUCGCCGUAGGAAGGGGGAAGAGGAUAGAAGAGUUAGGGAAGGGUUAAAGGCAGCUGGGUUGGAGUCAGAGGAGUAGUUUUGAAUGAGGUCAACAGUUUCAUAAGAUUCUUUCUAUGAAGAUUUAUAGGAUUUCAUAAGUUCUCGAACUCUAGCCAAGAAGACUUCUAAUUUCUUCUCACCAUAAUCUCCUUAAAUGCCAUUAAAUAAUCCUAUUCAACA